GACAUUAGCUAGCGCUCGCUCUACUCUCUCUAAUGGGGAAACAGCGGACUACAAGAGACUGAACUGUAUCUGCCUCUAUUUCCAACAGACUCACGUUCAACUUUCGCUCACAAAAAAAGCCGGGAAAAUUUUAUUAAUCCUUUUUUUUAAAAAAAAAGUUAAUAUAAAAUUAUAGCAAAAAAAAAAAAAAAGGAACCUGAACUUUAGUAACACAGCUGGAACAAUCCGCAGCGGCGGCGGCAGCAGCGGGAGAAGAGAUUUAAUUUAGUUGAUUUUCUGUGGUUGUUGGUUGUUCGCUAGUCUCACGGUGAUGGAAGCUGCACGUUUUUUCGAAGGGACCGAGAAGCUUCUGGAGGUUUGGUUCUCCAGGCAGCAGCCCGACGCAAACCAAGGAUCUGGAGAUCUUCGCACCAUCCCCAGAUCUGAGUGGGACAUUCUUCUGAGGGAUGUGCAAUGUUUAAUCAUAAGUGUGACAAAAACUGACAAGCAGGAAGCUUAUGUACUCAGUGAGAGUAGCAUGUUUGUCUCCAAGAGACGUUUCAUUUUGAAGACAUGUGGUACCACCCUCUUGCUGAAAGCACUGGUUCCCCUGUUGAAACUUGCUAGGGAUUACAGUGGGUUCGAUUCAAUUCAAAGCUUCUUUUAUUCUCGUAAGAAUUUCAUGAAGCCGUCUCACCAAGGGUACCCACACCGGAAUUUCCAGGAAGAAAUAGAGUUUCUUAAUGCAAUUUUCCCAAAUGGAGCAGCAUAUUGUAUGGGACGUAUGAAUUCUGACUGUUGGUACUUGUAUACUUUGGAUUUCCCAGAGACCCGGGUAAUCAGUCAGCCAGAUCAAACCCUGGAAAUUCUGAUGAGUGAGCUUGACCCAGCAGUUAUGGACCAGUUCUACAUGAAAGAUGGUGUUACUGCAAAGGAUGUCACUCGUGAGAGUGGAAUUCGUGACCUGAUACCAGGUUCUGUCAUUGAUGCCACACUUUUCAAUCCUUGUGGGUAUUCGAUGAAUGGAAUGAAAUCGGAUGGAACUUAUUGGACUAUUCACAUCACUCCAGAACCAGAAUUUUCUUAUGUUAGCUUUGAAACAAACUUAAGUCAGACCUCCUAUGAUGACCUGAUCAGGAAAGUUGUGGAAGUCUUCAAGCCAGGAAAAUUUGUGACCACCCUGUUUGUAAAUCAGAGUUCUAAAUGUCGCACAGUGCUUUCUUCACCCCAGAAGAUUGACGGCUUUAAACGUCUUGAUUGCCAGAGCGCUAUGUUCAAUGAUUACAAUUUUGUUUUUACCAGUUUUGCUAAGAAGCAGCAACAACAGCAGAGUUGAUUAAUAAAAAUGAAGAAAAAACGCAAAAAGAGAACACACAUAGAAGGAGGUGGUGGCUGCUUUUUAGAUAUUGAUAUCGGGGGCCAUGCUUUCCAUAACCACCACCUUGUAGCUGCAGAAAGCCCUAGAUGUAAUGAUAGUGUAAUCAUUUUGAAUUGUAUGCAUUAUUGUAUCAAGGAGUUAGAUAUCUUGCAUGAAUGCUCUCUUCUGUGUUUAGGUAUCCUAUGCCACUCUUGCUGUGAAAUUGAAGUGCAUGUAGAAGAAAACUUUUACUAUAUGAAACUUUACCACACUUGUGAAAACAAUUCAAUUUGGUUUACGCACAGUGUAAUAUUUCUCCAGGUAUCAUCCAAAAUUCCCCACAGACAAGGCUUUCGUCCUCAUUAGGUGUUGGUCUCAGCCUAAUCGUCUGGGACUGUUCUAUUAAACUGCUGCCAGGAUUUUACGUCCAGUUACCUCCACUUUCUAGAACAUACUCUCUACUAAUAUUACUGAAACCAGUUUCUAUUUCAUACAGAUGUUUUUUGCAACAGCGACUAAAGUUUAUCUUCCAUGAGUCAAGUCCUCUUAAGAAAAUGAUUGCAGUUUUCUAUUUUGUGUCUUACUAUUUUGACAUUAUUGCUUCCUGUACCUGUACUUCCUUUAAUUGAUUUUGUUCUCAUCAUGGUGUCUUGCCUCCCAAACACCCCUCCCCCCCAAUAAAGCAAUACACUGUUAAAAAAAAAAAAA